AUGGCCCAUUCUCCAGGAGUGAUCCAUUGCUCCCACAAUCCGUCAUGUUACCUAGUCAAACUGAAGUCAAUGGGACGACCGGAACGCCUGGUCACACCUUCGCGGAACCUGCCCAGGUGGUUCCCCAUUGGUCUUUUGUGGCAACCACCAGAGUCGACAAGUUCAGACGAGUCGCGUCGCUCAGAUGUGACCUCUCCGUCGAGUAUGACUCGAUACACCAGCCUAGCGCGUCAUGUCGUCAAUUCAACAUUAUCGCUAGUCCAGUUACACUCGUGUCACGCCAUUGAGCCGGCGCCCUCACUGGCCCAGUCGGUCCCUUGGGUCACUAUUUUGCACUGUACUCCCGAGUCGCCAGACCCCUUGACCGAUGACCCAUCGAGCGUGAUGCAACUAGACGGCCCGACACUCUUGUCCGUUUGUUGGGCCAUCUGGCAGCUUACUCCCGUCACUCUCGUGGGCUGGGAGGCUGUCAGUGCUGGAUCACCACAGGCACUCAACAAAGUUUUCCACUGUGAAGUCAUCAUGUCUAACCCCCAGCUGGGUGGAACUCAGAUUAUGAUGCUAAUGUGGUCAAGGCACGAUACUGAUGCCAAGGGCGGCCAUUUCCCAAUCACCUCGUCCAUUGACGGUUGGAUCCGUGAACUGCUAUCUCCGCUUGUCAGUGGUGGUCCAUCCAUUGGCCUUAGCGUAUCGCCAGAUGAACCUUCUGGCCGAUCCCUUGCGUCGUCCAAACGAGUCAGCAUACUCACGCGAGACAGAUUACUCAGGGGUAGGAGAAUCAAACAAGGACCAUCUGGCUGUUCUUACAUCCUGCAUUCUCGAACCUGGGUGUUUGCGCCAUCUGUGUCACUCAGCCCUGACCAGUUGACCAAUCGUGACGAAUCACAUCCGUUCAUCAUGCCAAGCGGUCAAGCCGACCCCUUCAUCUACUCUUGUAGGCCUAUUGACUGUUUCUAUGCACUCCCUUCUCGAGACAGCGCACUGGCAGUGGUCGCACCACUCGAUGAGUCGACAUCCUCAUACAACUGGUUGGACCUCCCCACAAUCCCCGCUUGUCAACUCCCUGAGCCAGCAUACCUGCAUGGGCUAUGUUGUUCGCCAGUAGCCCAUCUACCGAUGUCGGCAUCUCAGCGAGAAUCCUUAGUGGAUAACCCAACGAGUCUUAAUCACGUCGUCCUCACAAGCUGGGGCACUGUUUCGACCUGUCAAGCAAUCACAUGCUCAGUCAGUCGUGGUGUUCAGGCACACUACAAGACUCUCAGCUACAAGGUCAACGUGUCCAACUCCCAGUUGGAGGGAACUCAGGUCAUGACUCCUAUGUCGCGGAACCCCGCUGCUGAUGCCAAGGGCAAUUGUUCCCCAAUCAUCUCACCCUUCGAUGGUGGGACCCAGGUGCUGAUGUCUUCGCCAAUCUGGUCAGACCCUUGGGUGAAUCCUCCACAUCACCCAUGUGAGCCAGAACACGCCCGUGAACUCCAUCACUCGGUCGUGGCUGGUCAGCCAGUUGUCCCAUCAUGCUCCACGUUUGAGCCAGCGUGCUUGCAUACGUUGUGUCACCUGGUAGCAGCAUAUACACCGACACACUUAGCAAUCGAACCAAUAUCAUUGCAUGACUGGUUGGAUUUCCCAGCCGUCCCUGUUGAAGGGCAGUCCAUCGUCCUCACAGGUAAUCCGGUUCUCAACAAAGGUCACAGCCGCAAAACCUACACGUUUAGCCUCCAACUGGAUGGAACUCGGAUUGGGUAUAAAAUUGGAAAUUUUCAUUGGUCUGCAACUAGAAACCCCGAGGGAACAACAAAGAUGUCGAUGUGGCUUGGCUGCGACCCCAAUAUCAAGGGCGGUCAUCUCCCAAUCACCUUGCCCACCGGUGGCUUGAAUCGUGAACUGGCGUCUUCGUCUAACCAAUCGAACCAUCCAGCCGCCCCUUUGCAUCUUUCAUUUGUGUUAGCAUGCUGUGGUCCAAUGCGUCAAAGGACCACACGAUCCGUUGGUACAGACGAGUACUGUAUCUAUCCUGGUCACCGUUCCAUUCAGGUCGAAGGACGGCCUAUCCUCAUUAAGGUUCUGGCACUCAACGAGAAUCCCAGCUGCGGAACCUACGCAGUUAACCCCCAUCCGGGUGGAACCCAGAUUAUGACGCUAACGCGGCUAUACUCCACCUCUUACAUCAAUGGUGGUCAUCUCUCAAUUACCUCGUCCGUCGACAGUAGGGAUCUGUCCCUUCAGUUGGACCCUCUGGUCGAUUCUUCAGGCCAUCCUAUCAAGCUGGCACACCUGCGUGUAUCAUGUCACUCAGAGAUGGAUCGCCCAGCUACUCUUCCUUCUGGCUCUCUCAAGCCUGAAUGCUCGUGCCCUCCGCGUCUUACAGUCAUGUCUGGUCGGUUGAUUAAGAUGGAUCACAUCCGUUUGUCCUGCCAAGCGGUCGAGUUGACCUCUUCUUCAACGCACGCAGGCUCUCUGACCGUUCCCGCUCACCCCUUUCUCGAGUCAGCAUCCCUGCGGUCGUCUCAUCAUUCAGUAGCAACAGUCGUCCCCGCUUUUCGACUUCAUGGGCCGGCAUGCCUGCAUGGGCUAUGUUGUUCGCCGUUAGUCCACCUACAGAUCUCCGUGCAUUCCACCAGGAGGAUGCGUCAGGUGUUUGGGUCAGCAUCCCCGCAUGUUCACUCAGACCCUCCAACUGAGACAGGGCAUCACCUUCUUGAGCUGGCGCGUUCGUGCGGUCCGCCCACGGCUUGUACGCCAUUGGCAAUGCGACCUGUCAGUUCAGCACAACACGCUAUCAAAUCACCCUUGCAGGAUCAGUCGGAUCUAUCGGUGGUACAUGUCUGCCGUCCUCUGGAAUCGGCGGGUAAUUCGAUCUGUCGCGCAUUUGAGCUGUUAUAUUUGUUUGAUCCGUCAGACACUUUGACCGUUCCUGCGCAGCAUCUCUCUGAGCAAGCACAUUCACCAGCGUGGACACAGUCAGAGCCUCAGCCAUCGCACAUGGAGCCACUCCAGGCUCGACUGUCCAGGUCGUGUCUUGGACCUCCCAAAUGGAUGUACGCCAUAGCAUUGUGCCUGAAAACAGCAGAUACGAUGCAAGCGCUGUCAUGGCACCACCCUCGUGAGAUGCUGUACCUGCCGGAUAUGGUAUAUCUCACCUCCAAGAUAUCGCUGUGGUCAUCAAAUGCAGCUCAUCCACCUGCCAAGUCCCGCUGCUUGGAGAUCAGUCGUGCCAAACCGAAGGUGAUCCCCACUGCAAUAUGGGUUCUCAUCCAGACGGCAGCCACGAUUCGUUAUUCGCUGGGCCCGACCAAGGACAAACCUAGGAAGAGUUUCUAUGUCCCGUUGUUGGUCUCAGGUCGUCCCGAGCCUGACGAAUUACGCGCCGCACGGAGCUGUGCAAACUCGAGGCCAAGAACAUCUAUAGGGCACCAUAAGAUUGGUAACGGCAGUAUCCUAAUACAAGUUGUCUCCUUCCCUACUAGCAGACUAAGUGCUACUCUGCAUUGCCGCACGAGCGCGAGUCCCGGCAGAGAAACCGUCGCCUUGACUCAGCCCAGAUGCUCGCAGUGA